ACUAAGUGUUCUACGGGAUUUCAAGUCCUUCUUCCCCGUGACGCCCCCCGACGCAAAUGGCCUGAUUAUACCGCUGGAACUAUUGCCCAUUCCACUCUCCCUCUCGAUUUGCGGUCGCUCUUCAUACGGCAUUGCUUGUGUACGGUAUGAGGGCGGCGCUCCGCGCUCCGCUGCGGGCAUCCGAUUUGGAUCCUGCGCCGGUGCUCCGAUAUACCUCGUCUACUUCUUGGAUUCGCCCUUUCCAGUGCGCUUCGGGCCCCUUGUCUGUUCACAGAUCAGUCUCCAACUCCGCAAAGGCCUUUAAAAAAACCUGCCAAUUACGCCCACGAGUACCAUUGGUAGCAUCAACACCACAUGCUUCUUAUUCAACCAAGACCUCCGCCUUGUUUGGUGCGGCGGAGAAGGCGAACGGCAAUGGCAGGAAACCAUCGGGGUCAGAAUGGUCACGGAGAAAAGUGAUCACGUAUACGGUUGUUGGCGGAACUAUACUCAUUGGAGUGGUGGCAUUCUCAGACAAUGUUCAGCAUCUCUAUCGUGCUGCGGCGAGAACGGGGAGGGUCGUUGGCACAUUGGCCGUGUGUAUCAAUGACUAUCGAGUAACCCUCAAGCGGGAAACAUCCUCACCCGAAGAACGAAACGACGAACUCCGAGCAUGUCACAAGCGUUGCGCAGAGCGGACUCUGAGGGUUCUCGAGAAGAAUGGCUCCAUUUUCAUUAAGCUGGGACAACACCUCAGCAGUAUGGGCUACUUGCUGCCAUUAGAAUGGACGACAACCUUCAUUCCGCUUCAGGAUAAAUGCCCUGUCUCCUCGAUCGAAUCAAUCGAACAAAUGUUCAUCGCCGACACCGGCCGUCGAAUCGACGAGCUCUUCUCAAGUUUCGAUCCAGAACCAAUCGGCGCCGCUUCCCUUGCCCAAGUUCACAUCGGUAUCCUGAAGGAAACUGGCCAGAAGGUUGCAGUCAAGGUGCAGCAUCCAGCAUUGGCGGAAUGGGUCCCCUUGGAUCUGGCAUUGACCAGAUUCACCUUUUCUACCCUGAAGCGCUUCUUCCCUGAGUAUGAUCUGGAGUGGCUUUCGAAGGAAAUGGAUCUAUCCUUGCCACAAGAAUUAGACUUUAGGAUGGAAGCCGAUAAUGCUAGGAGGGCUAGCAAGUACUUCAAGGAACAUUCAGAUGCGCCGCUUGUCAUCCCAGAAGUUAUGUGGGCUCAGAAGCGCAUCCUCGUCAUGGAGUUCUUGUCCGGCCGUCGACCGGAUGAUCUAGAGUUCCUGGAUUCCAACAAUAUCGAUCGUGACGAAGUCUCCGCUGCCCUAGCGCAUAUCUUCAACGAGAUGAUUUUUGGCGACAAUGCUCCUUUGCACUGCGAUCCUCAUGGUGGCAAUAUUGCGAUCCGCAAAAACCCUAACCGGCGCGGUCAAAACUUCGACAUCAUCCUCUACGACCAUGGAUUGUACCGUGAUAUCCCCCGUGAUUUGCGUCGCAACUACGCCAAGCUAUGGUUGGCGGUCAUCGAAGCUGACGAGGCACACAUGCGCGAGUAUUCCCGCAAGGUGGCGGGCAUCACGGACGAGCAGUUCCCUCUCUUCGCCAGCGCAAUCACUGGUAGAGACUACACCAAGUUGACCAAGAAGAACAUUGCCACCACACGCACAACUGCGGAGAAGGAGAGCAUGUCCGGCGCUCUUGGGGAGGGCAUGUUGCAGCAGCUGGUCGAACUGCUGGGCCAGGUACCCAGAAUCAUCCUCCUGAUCCUUAAGACCAAUGACCUCACCCGCAGCCUCGACGAAAAUCUCCACACUAGACAAGGCCCCGUCCGCACAUUCUUGAUCCUCGCUCGCUACGCCACUCGCACCGUCUUCGAAGAACAAAUGGACCUCAUCCACGAAACGGGCGGUCUUCUCCGUCCCUUCAACUUCCUUCGCUUCCUCGCUGCUUGGACCGGGUACCUCCGUGUCGAGCUCAAGCUAUCGGUCUACGAGACAUUGCUGACUCUAAAGAGUCGACUCGGACUACUCUAGUGAACCAGCUUAGACCAUCUCUUCUGGGUACGUUGUCAGAAGCAGCACCCUGUAAAUUCUUAUUUUAGACCUUUUCUUUCUUUCCCACUCGGUUAAUGAUCGAUAGAUGAGCAAGGGUUGGCUUAUCUGCAUCACCGGCGUUUCUUUCCUGGUUAUGUGUUUCACAAUUGCGGGUGGGCUUUUCUUUUCUUCAUUUGGCUGGUUUUGGUUUAAGGACGAAAAGGUCCUAUUCUUUGUUUCCUUAUAAAUAUAUGUAUCAAUAGAGAUCUCCUGAGCGGAUGAAUAUAGAUUGUCAAAAAGUCCAGAGUACGCCAAUCCCUCCAUAUAGAUACCGCCGUCUUAGA